AUGUUGUAAUAAAUUAUCAGUUAUAAGUAUUUUAGAUUAAAAAAUGUGAUAUUGUAUAUAUAUGGAUAUUAAGAGUAUCUUAUAUAAAGAAAGAGAAUAUUAAAUAAAUUAAAUUAACAUAUUGAUAAAGCAUCAUUUAUAAAUUAAAUUGAUAGUUUCAUUGAGACUACAAUUUAGGCCCAAGGUUACUAGAAGACAGAAUUUCUAGAAUAUUUGAAAAGUAAAAAAACUAAUGGUGAUUAAAUUGAAUUAUGGAAUAUGGAUGAGUUGCUUAUAGCAAGAGAAGAGUUUGUAAAUUUUUAAUAAUAACAGUAAUAAUCAUUAUCAAAAUAGACAAGCAACCUUUAUAGUGACACAAAAUCCUGAAUAUAAUAAUACAUAUAGGAAUGAGUUCUAAUAAGCUGAUAUUAAUGAUUAUUAAUUUACUCCAAAUUAUGAUUCUUAAUAGGAAAUUACAAAAUAAGAUAUUUUAAAGGAAUAACCAGAUUGUUUGAUAUAGACACCACAGAUCCCAUAACCUUCUUUGACAUAAUAUGUUAAUAUUUAAUAAAAUCCUAUGAUUGCAGUAGCUUAACGCUUUAAAGUUUAUCAAGGAUAAUAGAUAUAGAUAAAUUAGAAUUCUUUUUUGUAUAAACAUCCAAAUAUUGAAGUGAGAAUUUAAAGUUAUUAAGAGUAAUAAGGGUCUUUAUUUUCUAAAUCAUAUAUUUAAUAUAAUAUAACUUUAGAUCCAUAUGAUUAUAUUAUUUGUAGAAGAUAUUCUGAUUUUGAUAAAUUAAGAGAAUAUUUAGUUAAGAAUUAUCCUGAGUAUUAUGUACCUCCAAUUCCUGAAAAGGUAUCAACAGGCACUAAUAAUAAUAUAGCUGAUUUCAGAUAAUUAGCUUUGGAGAAGUUUAUGAAUACAGUAAUUAGAUAAUUUUGGUUUGAUAAUUUGUUAGAAAAUUUUUUUAGUUGUUAAAAUGAUAAAGAUCUAUAAAAUAAUUUAAAAUAAUAGAAAUAGAGAUAAUAUGAUAUAUAGAAUUUAAUGACUUUAAAUGGUAAAAUAGAAUGUUAGAUAAGUUAAUAGAUCGAAUCUUUCUUCUCAUUUUAAUUAGGAACAUUAAAUAAGGAUAUAGAAUAUUAUAAUAAUAUUAGAUAAAUAUCUAAGAAAAUUGUAGGUUUAAAUAAAUAAUUAGGUUAAGAAUAUAAAUUAUUAGCAGAUUAGUUUUUGAAUUUAUAAUAAAGAAAUAAGAAUUAAAAUGAAUAAUUAAUUGAAAAGGUUGAUGAAAUUUAUUAUAAAAAUCUAAAUUAAAUGUUUAUGACAUGGAGUAAGAAACAAGAUGAUAUUUGUUUAGUUAUUUCUAAACAUAUAGAUUAUUUUUAUAAAUAUUAAAAUCAAGUAAUAGAAACUUUGAAAGAGAAAAUAAAAUAGAGAGACAAUUUUCGUGAUGAAUCUUUAAAAUUAUUAUAAAAAAUAGAUAGCAAAAUAGAUAAACAAUUUAAGGAAUUGACUAAUGUUUAAAUUUAAUAAAAAACAUAAACUUAUGGAGUUUUAACUGAAAAAAAAUAAAAAAUAAAGUUUAUUUUAAAAAGAAACAAAAUAAUUUGA